AUGAUUUGGAAAACUUCAGAUGGUGGACAUUUGCUUUGGUCACUUUUUAUUUUGGGGAACAUAAACUCAAUUUCCAGUCCAUACCCAGCAGAGGCCAAAUCUUUCAACUUGCUUUCUAAGACCUCCAAGAUCAAAGCUUCCCUUAAACGAAAUGAAUUCCCACUGAUAAGCAAAAGAAGCACCAAGACACCCCGGCGUCUAAUUACAAUCUCAACCUCGGAUGGGAGAUGGCAUGGAGAAUGGAAGCGUGACUAUCUUUUCUCUCUCCAAGACCUUCAGCUGGAAGAUUUAGCAGAAGAUGGGCAUAGAGAUGCAGAGGUCUCCAUCACCUUAUUCAUUCACAAGGUCAUUCCUCAGCUUCUAAUUCAUACAGAAAGUGUCCAUGUUUAUAAACAAACCUGCCUUUGGAUUAACAACACAAAUGAUGUUACAAAUAAUCGAGUAAAUAACAGACUCCCAUGAAAACUGCCGCGCUUCUUGCUACAGUAAAUUACAGCUUGAUUUGUUUAUAUUAUAAUAGAAUCUUUGUGGUGAGAAAAUAAGGUACUUACACCUUUUUUUCUUCAAGCAUAUAAUUUUUAAGUAAGAUCAUUUGUUCCAGAUUUCUUGGGCAUGUGCUACUUAGAUUGGCUCUAGUUUGAGCUCAAAUUUGAGUUAAUAGUAUAAUAACGAGCUGAUUCUAAGUAUAUGAUCUAGAAAUAAAGUCGAGCUUUAGUGAAUAUCUAAGCUCAUGAAUCAAGCUAAAGCAUGGUAAGGAAUUCGAGCCGAGUACGAAUAUAUCAAAGCUCGAGAAACGAAUCUUGACUAGCACCUCUUUUUGUGUAAAUAAAAUAAUUUUUUACAUGAACUUAGCGGGUUUCGGUUAAAUUUUUUUAGUAUACAUUUACCAAACGAACAUGAAUAUAAUUGGUAAAACCUGUAUAUCUCUUGAUUUUUAUUGCAUGAUAUCUCUGUAUAUUUUGAUUUAACUGUACACAAUUUGCAUUCUACAUUGGUUACAUUUGUUUUAUCAUGUCAUUUGUGUCCAACAAAAACCUAAUUGCACCCGAACUUCUUGUUUAUUCGUCUAUAAAAUCAUAAAACUUUCGAUGUUUAUCACGCACCACAUGACAGUGAUAUGUGGUGUAAAAAUUAAUAUGUGUCUCUGAUUAGUAAAUAUUGUGAUAAUUUUUAUUGGAUGAGGGUAUUACCACGUGAUAUCUGUUAAGCACCGAAUAUUUUUCGUAUGACUUGACAAGCAGCACACGGGAUUUGGCCUCUCAGUGGACGGAAGGAUCGUUGCAUCCUUCACCAGAAAAUGUGGCAACUGCUCUUCUCCAUACAACAGAGAGAUUGAUACAAACUUUAAUGUUUGGGUUCUGCCAUCAAGCAGAGAAAGUGGCUCCACUCAACUUCCUGAGAUUGGUGGCGAUGAUCCAUCA